AUGGAGCCAAUACCGCCAAAUAAAUCACAGAGAAGACGGCCAUGGAUCAAAACACCAUUAAUUGAGUCAGCCACACUCUCCAAAGCUGCAGGAUGUCGGAUUUUUCUGAAAUUAGACUGUUUACAACCUUCUGGUAGUUUCAAGUCGAGAGGCAUCGGCAACUUCAUUCUCUCCCAACUAUCUGACCCCUCAAAUGAUGGCAAAAAAUUACACUUCUACAACUCCUCUGGCGGAAACGCUGGCCUUGCGGCCGUAGUCGCAGCUCGCGAUUUGGGUUGUCCUUGUACCAUUGUUGUACCCCAUAGCACGAAACAGAUGAUGAUUGACAAGUUGCGAGUCGCCGGUGCUGCUGAUGUGAUUCAACACGGAGCUAGUUGGUAUGAAGCUGAUACUUAUCUUCGGGAGACGUUUAUCAAGACAUCGAAGCAGGAGGGAUCUUCGGAUGUUAUCAGAGAGGCUGGUACUGUUAAGAAUGUAUAUGUGCCUCCUUUUGACCAUCCACUUGUUUGGGAAGGGAAUUCUACCAUUAUUCCUGAGCUGGUUGAGCAGCUUCCUGCCCGCGAGGAUGUGGACGAAGCACAAGAAAACGCCCAGUUCCCUGCGGAGGUGAUCAUAUGCAGCGUUGGUGGAGGGGGCCUGUUCAAUGGGCUUAUCCAGGGCCUCCAUGAAUACAACAAAUCCCAUACAAGCAAUAGCUCCAAAGGCAAGAAAGUGAAAGUACUCGCCACGGAAACCAAAGGAGCAGAUUCCUUAGCUUACUCUCUGCAAAACGGGACGCUCAAGUCUCUCGACGCAAUUACAUCCAUUGCAACAACUCUAGGCGCCUUGUGCGUGUCAUCACAAACGUUUCAAUAUGCAUCCGAGCCACCGGAGGGCGUCGAGGUUACGAGUGUAGUGGUAUCUGAUGCCGAAGCAGCUAGAGGGGUAGUUACGUUCGCGGAUGAGAUGCGUAUACUAGUUGAGCCGGCCUGUGGGGUGUCGAUAGACGUUGCCACAGGAAAGAAGUUGAGGGAGGCAGUGGGAGAUGGUAAAUUAGGGCCGAACAGUCGUGUUGUAGUUGUUGUUUGUGGUGGUUCGACUGUUACUCCUGAAAUUGUGGCUGAGUAUCGUUCAAGACUUGCACAGGGAUGGAUGUGA